AUGAGUGAAGAUAUCAAUAAUAAUAAUAACAAUACAAAUAAAGAUGAAGAAAUAGUAAAUGAUAAUAAAAGUGAUAAUGAUAUAAACAAAAAUAGUAGUUUAUUUAAAUCUAGAAAUAAAAAAAGAGCAAUAAGAAAGAAAGAACAGGAUAAUGGUGGUGUAGAGCACAAUGAUUCUGCACCUACUGAAAAGAUAGAUAAUGAGAAUGGUGAUAGAGAUGAUGUAGAUAAUGAAUUGUCACUAUCCGAUGUUAUAGAAGCAACCAAAGAGAAACAAAAAAUGAGAUCAAAAGGAAAAGGUGUAAAUGUUGGUGUUUUAGCGGAAGGUCCUCAUUUAAAGACUCAUCUAAGAGAGUUAGAGAAUAAACUUGAUGAUUCAUUUGUUACUCACUCUGAAAAUAAUAAAGUUAACAUACAUAUGGAAAAAUAUAUUAAUGAAGAAAUGCAGAGAAGGAAACAAGAACAACUUUAUAAUAAGCAGGUUAAUACAACAGUUCAACAAUCAUCAAAAGAAACAAAUCAAGACAUUGACAACAACAACAACAAAGAUGUACUACAAGAAAAGAUUGAAGAGCACAAGGCACUCCAACAAUCACUCUACGAAACACCAUCACAUCUACUUGUAAAUAAAGGUCGAAAGAAAGAAGAAGACAAAACCAAUUGGGUAGCCGGUAUAUCGGAAGUCGUCUUACCAACUAAAUAUAAAAUAAAGAAUAUUUUAGAAACAGAAGAGGCAAGAGAGAAGAUAGACCAGUCUGGCAACACCAACACCACCACCACCAAUAAGAAUCAAUCUAAACUACACAAUAGAUGUAACUAUAACAACGUUCAUGCAUCUUAUACUAAUGAAUCAUCAUCAGAUACAAAUCAAUAUGAGAAAUCAAGUGACAAAGCAACAGAUGAAGAAGUCUAUGAAAGAUUCAAAAAGAAAUUCAGAUAUUAA